CGUAUUUUAGGCACCAAGCUGUGGGUGUCGACUGCUGCUGCUGGUGGCGAAGUCGCUCGACUGUCCUUUAAAUAAAUUAAAAAUAAGUAUUUUAGCCUACUCAACUUGAGCGCGAUCAUUGCUUUCGAUCACGGCAAAAUGGAGCUGCCCGAUUUCGACGCCAUGAACUCAACUCUUGAAACAGCGGUGGCGGACUACCCGGUGUGCCAGGCGUGGAGAGAAGGCGCGGAGGACUCGGUCUUCCAGCUGGCCAACAUCUUCCUAGUACUGGGCUUCAUGGGCGGCAGCGGCCUCUACGGGCUGCUGUACAUGCUCACCCUGCUGACGCUCGGCUUCUUCUGCGCCACCGUCUGGUCCUGGGAAGACGCAUGCACAACGGACGGCUUCCUAUGGAACUUCGCGCUGUUUGGCGUGUGCGUCGGCCAGCUAGUGCACGUUUCGUACCGGUUGAGGAUCGUGACGUUCGAUAAGGAAUUCCAGGAACUUUACAACUGCAUGUUUAAGAAGUUGGGGGUGUCGCUCAGCCACUUCGGGAAGGUGGUCGCCUGUUGCGACGGGGACCUCCAGACCCUGGAGAAGGACCACUGCUUCGCGAUGGAGGGGAAGACCGCGAUAGAGAAGCUGUCGGUUCUUCUCUCGGGCAGGAUGGUUGUGACAGUGAACGGAGAGUUCCUUCACUACAUCUAUCCCUUCCAGUUCCUAGACUCCCCUGAAUGGGACUCUCUCCGACCUUCAGAGGAAGGGGUGUUCCAGGUGACCCUGCGCGCGGAGAGCCGGUGCCGCUACGUGGCCUGGAGGAGGAAGAAGCUGUACCUGCUCUUCGCCAAGCACCGCUACAUCGCCAAGGUGUUCGCGCUGGUGGUGCGCAACGACAUCGCGGAGAAACUGUUCUCCCUCAACGACAAGGCGUUCGACAGCAGCGGCCACCGCUACGAUCUCCGCUUACCCAGCUACUGUCACGUGCCGAAGCCCGAUUUAGACAAGUCAGAUGCCUUGCUUCAUGUGCCAGUGCAGCCGGCUGCCAAGUAGGCCUAUAUUUGUGCCUGAUAUCACCCUACGUCAGAAGGAAAAAAAAGCAACAAAAAAACAACAACAAAAAAACAACUUGAUAAUAGCGCGUUAUUUGUUGUUAUGUUCGGGGUUCGGGUGAAAUACUUCAUGGCGUUGGGAUUUCUGGAUAUAUAUUGAGCUGCUUAUCUUUACCAAUUGUCAGUACAGAUAGUAUUUUAGGCCUGUAUGUUCACUUUGUUACUUUUCUCUUGCGUCAAACUACUUUGUACAUAGAGAUGUGGCUUAUGCACUGUAUGAUAGGCCUAUAAAUAUAAUGAAGAAAUAACGAGUAAAUAAAUGUGGUGCCUUGUUGUA